AGAGUCCGUCACCAUGACGACUCUCAGUUGCUUUACGUGUGUCAUACUCAAUUGAAACCAAGGUAAAAGUCUCGGAGUACCACCUGUCUCGACGACCUUCAUCUACCUUACUCCUCUUCCCUACAAGACUCCUUCCUACUAACCACUACCCUGUCCUUGAUUCACUCUGACCAAAAAUGUCACGCAACAUCUGCAUCACCGCCGUCGAUGGCCACACAGGGUACUCCAUCGCUGAGUUCAUUCUCAGUCAUGAUAACCUCAAGAAGAAAGUCGGCACUAUCACCGGCCUUGCACUCAAGCCUCAAUCCCAGCAUGCCAAAGACCUUUCCAAAAUGGGCGUCAAGAUCGUGCCUCACAAGCCGGGUAGGAUGAAGGAGAUGGUCAACACUAUGAAAUCCACCGGCGCCGACACCGUCUGCCUGAUCCCACCGGCGCAUCAAGACAAAGUCGAAAUCACUCAGGAACUCAUCGAAGCUACCAAGCGAGCCAACAUACCAAACGUCUGCUUCAUCAGCUCCGCUGGAUGCGACCUCGCAGAUCCACAGAAACAGCCACGUCUUCGGGAGUUCAUCGAGCUUGAGACCCUCGUGUUGGCUAGCAAAGGCGACACAUCGACAGAGACUGGUCAUUCGCCUGUCGUUAUUCGCCCCGGAUUCUAUGCUGAGAAUCUCCUGCUCUAUGCCCCUCAAUUGCUGGAAGAAAAGAGCAUCCCGCUUCCUAUUGGCGAGAGUCACAAAUUCGCACCCAUGGCCAUCAAAGAUCUAGCCAACGUGGCCGCCAAUGUUCUGACCGGUAAAGGCAAGCACGGCUUCAGCGACAAGCAUCGGGGCCAAUUGAUGGUUUUGACCGGACCGUUGCUCUGCGCGGGCAAAGAACUUGCAACAGCAGCUAGUCAAAGUCUAGGCGAAGAACUCGAAUUUGAGGACAUCUCCGAGAACGAAGCGAAGAAGGUCCUCCAAGCGCAGUCCGACUUGGAUCCCUCUGAACUGCAAUACCUCCUCGAAUACUACUCGCUCGUCCGCGAGGGAAAGACCAACUACAUCUCUACCACCGCGUUCCAUGACGUGACUGGACAACACCCCCUUGAGCCACCGGAGUUCUUCAAGGAGGCUAGUCAACAGCUGAAAGCGCACGCGCAGAAUGGAAAGAAUGGUCACCAGAGCAAGAAGAGGAAGACCGAAGACUGACAGAGCCGUCUUGCGGGAAUAGGGGCAAUACAACAAAGUUGAAGCUUAGGGCGUAAGAUAUCUCGCGGGUUGGAAAGUUUCGCGCAUGCAUGUUGCAUAGG